CGACUUUCUACCACCCCCACAAUUACUAUCCAAGUGCCCGAAUCCAUCCGAAAAUAUACCCUAUAAAGGGGCACGGAUGGACGAAAUAAGUACUCAUUCUGUCAUUCACAUAUAUGUAUAUAACGCCAUAGACGCUCGAUCUGCUGGUGCUGGGCUAGCUCACUAGGAAUUAAAUAAUCAUGGAUGGUAUGGAGGGUGCAGAAGGUGUGAGAUUGAGAAACAACCAAGGUCGUCUGAAGCCCAUUGUGACAAAGAGGACUGGUGGCGUUGGUUUCGUCGGAGAAGAUGAAACAACAGCAGUGGGGAGCAAAGAGGCCGAGCCACUGAGCCCCGGGGCCAGGAUGUUUCACGAGCCAAACUUCAAUGUGUACGUCAUAGCCAUAAUAGGGUGCAAGACUCCCAUCUUCCCUCAAGUGGUUAAGGCCAACCUGGUGCACACUCUGCUCAAGCACUACCGUUUCUGUAGUCUACAGGUGAAGGACGACGGGAAUGGCGGACAGAUGAAAUGGGUCCGAACAGAAGUGGACUUAGACAACCACGUCAUCGUUCCGGAGGUAGACCCCACCACCCUCACCACCUCCCCCGAAAAGUUCAUCGAAGACUACAUCUUCGACCUCAGCAAAACCUCCAUCCCCUACUCCAAGCCCCUGUGGGACAUUCACCUCCUCAACCUCAAAACCUCCGACGCCGAGUCCGUCUGCAUUCUCCGCGUCCACCACUCCGUCGGCGACGGCACCUCCCUCAUAUCCCUCCUCCUCGCCUGCACUCGCAAAACCUCCGAUCCCGCGGCUCUGCCCACCGUGCCAGUCAAGAAGGCCAAGGAGAAGGUCCCGACUAGCGGCGCCGGCUCCGGCUCCGGCUCCUACGAGUACUGCUGGAGCCAGUUUCUGACGGUUUGGUGGGUUUUGCGGAUGCUCUGGAAUACUGUCGUCGACGUUGUGAUGUUCGCGGCCACCGCGUGGUUCUUGAAGGAUACGGAAACGCCGCUGAAGGGCCCUCCGGGCAUCGAGUUCACUCCUCGCCGCUUCGUCCACCGCACGGUUAGCUUGGAUGACAUCAAAUUGAUAAAAAAUGCCAUGAACACUACCAUUAAUGAUGUUGCACUAGGAGUUGCUCAGGCUGGUUUAUCCAAGUAUCUUAACAGGAAAUACGGACAAGGUAAGGAGGAGAAAGCAAUGGAGAAGAAAAAUAAUCUUCUAGAGAAGAUUCGUCUCAGGUCAACUCUUCUCAUUAAUCUAAGACCUACUGGGAUGCAGGCAUUAGCUGAUAUGAUGGAGAAGGAGUCAGAAGCAAAGUGGGGGAAUUGGAUUGGGUUUGUGGUACUCCCCUUCACCAUUGGAUUACGAGACGAUCCUCUAGAUUACGUUCGUGAAGCCAAGGCCACCAUUGACCGCAAGAAACACUCUUUUGAAGCCCUCUUCACAUUCUACCUAUCGGACAUCUUUCUCAAGUUGUUUGGCAUUAAGUCAGCAGGAGCUCUAUCUCACAGAAUCAUCGAACACACAACAAUGUGUUUCUCCAAUUUAGUCGGGCCUCUUGAAGAUAUCAGUUUCUAUGGCCAUCCAAUUGCGUACCUUGCUCCAAGUUCUUAUGGUCAACCGCACGCACUGAUGAUGAACUUCCAGAGUUACGUAAACAAGAUGAGCAUUGUUCUGUCGGUCGACGAAGGCACCAUCCCUGACGCUCACCAGUUAUGUGAAGACCUCGUGGAAUCCCUCAACCUCAUCAAACAUGCUGUUGUAUCAAGAGGACUUGUCAAAGCCACUUGACCCAUAUAUGCCACUGUGUUUGCGGUCCACACGUACACGCACAAUGCUAAGACUAUUGUGCUUGUGGACUUGAUGCCCUUUAGUUACUAGUUUAGUAGUACCUAGUUUCUCGUUGGAUUCAUUGACCAUCAAUUUGUAUUAAAAAAUCUUGAAUAAAAAGAUGCAAGCUAUCUAAGGAGCUUUGUAUCAAUUGAAUGCUUUUGAAACUUCAAUUAUUUUUUCUCUAAAGAAAA